AUGCUGCGGUUUUUCAUCCUUUUUUCCCUUAUCGUACACACAUGUGUUGCGGCCCCCAAGACUCCUGCUGCUCCCGCAGCUAACCCUGCCAAGAAAUGGCUCACCCUUAACGGACAAGAGCCUGCGGUAGUGGCCAGAGGCGGCUUCUCGGGUCUUUUCCCCGAGUCAAGCGCUCCUGCAAACGACAUGGCUAUAGGCACCAGCUCACCUGGUGUCACAAUAUUGUGCAACCUUCAGUUGACAAAGGAUGGUGUGGGCAUUUGUUUGUCUGAUAUCAGGCUUGACAAUGCAACAACCAUCGCCACGCUAUUCCCCAAAGCCCAGAAGACCUACAAGGUCAAUGGUCAGGACCUCAAGGGCUGGUUUGCCCUUGACUACUCUGCCGACACCAUCUUCUCCAAUGUCUCCCUGGUCCAGAACAUCUACUCUCGGCCCAGCAUCUUCGACGGCCAAAUGCAAAUUUCCGCCGUGGAGGACGUCCAAGCAACCAAGCCUCCUAAGUUCUGGUUGAGCGUUCAGUACGACGCCUUUUACAUGGAACACAAGCUGAGCACAGCAGAGUACCUAAGAAGCUUGACAUUCCGUGGCAUUAAUGUCAUCUCAUCUCCAGAGAUUGGUUUCUUGAAGAGCAUUGGGAUGGACGCAGGAAAGGCCAAGACAAAGCUCGUAUUCGUAUUCAAAGACCCCGAAGCAAUUGAGCCCACCACCAACAAGAAGUACAGUGAGAUUCAGAAGAACCUUGCAGCCAUCAAGGCCUUUGCUUCAGGCGUUCUUGUACCUAAAGACUACAUUUAUCCCCUUGACACGGCUAAGUACCUUAAGCCCGCCUCCACCUUUGUGGCUGAUGCCCACAAAGCCGGUCUAGAGGUCUAUGCUUCUGGAUUUGCCAAUGACAUGCGCACAAGCUUUAACUACAGCUAUGAUCCUUCGGCUGAGUACCUCCAGUUUGUGGACAAUGGCCAGUUCUCUGUUGAUGGAGUCAUCACCGAUUUCCCGCCAACAGCAUCACAAGCCAUCUCUUGCUUUGCUCAUCAAAAGAAAAAUCUUCCCAAAGUAGGUAAGGCGUUGGUUAUAACUCACAAUGGAGCAAGUGGGGAUUAUCCAGGCUGCACUGAUCUUGCUUAUCAGAAAGCUGUUGAUGAUGGAGCAGACAUAAUCGACUGUUCUGUCCAGAUGUCCAAAGACGGAAUGGCUUUCUGCCAUGAUUCUCCAGACCUCACCGCAACCACCACCGCCAUGACCACUUUCAUGUCCAGAGCCACCAGCGUUCCUGAGAUCCAGCCUACCAAUGGAAUAUUCUCUUUUGAUCUCACAUGGGCCGAGAUUCAGUCACUCAAGCCUCAAAUCCAGAGCCCCUUCUCGGCUUCCACUGGCUUGCUAAGAAACCCUGCAAACAAGAAUGCCGGAAAACUCACGACUCUCGUUGACUUCCUCGAGUUCAGUAAAGCAAAGGCGGUCGCCGGAGUUCUGAUCAACGUCAAGGCAAGCCUUAAUGCUGCUUAUUUAGCCUCAAAGAAAGGACUCGGAAUUGUAGACGCGGUCAAGUCUGAUCUGACCAAAUCCACACUCGACAAGCAAUCAACCCAAAAGGUUUUGAUUCAGUCAGAUGACAGUUCUGUUCUGUCCAGUUUUGAGGCUGUCCCUCCCUUCACCAGAGUCUUGAGCAUCGACAAGGAAAUCGGAGAUGCUCCCAAGCCAUCCAUUGAAGAAAUCAAGAAGCACGCAGAAGCUGUCAAUCUCAAGAGAAGUUCCCUCGUCACCAUCUCCCAAAGCUUUGCCACAGGGAACACUACCGUGGUGGCGGAAAUGCACAAAGGGAAUAUCUCUGUUUACGUCUCUGUGCUAAGGAACGAGUACGUCUCCAUCGCAUUUGACUACUUCUCUGAUCCUACGAUAGAGCUCGCCACAUUCAUUGCAGGGAGUGGCGUUGAUGGAGUCAUCACUGAGUUCCCUGCCACCGCUACCAGAUACUUAAGGAGUCAAUGCGCAGAUUUGAACAAAGACCAGCCCUACGCCAUCUUACCUGCAGAGGCCGGCGCAUUACUCACCGUGGCAGCCAAGGAAGCACAGCCACCGUCUAGUGCCCCAAACCCGCCUCUUGAUGCCAAAGACGUGAUUGAUCCGCCUCUGCCUCCUGUUGCAAACUUGGCCUCCACUAAUGCAAGUGGAGGAGCUCCACCAAAUGCCACUCGUUCAGGCACAGUUGCCACCGCUGCUAAUAUCGGCCUGUCUAUACUAGCAGUCUUGUCCUUGGGUCUUCUCCUUGCUGCCUAA